AUGAUAUUAACACUCACUUAUCUACUUGUUUUUGGGCCAUCCUUUGCAUUAGCACAAACGGCAUGCACAGCAAAAAAUGCAAAAGGAACUUGUAUUGCAACCAGUUCUUGUAGUGGUACAUCAGUGGCAGGUCUCUGUCCUGGUGCUGCAAACAUUCAAUGUUGCAUUCCAAAAGGUACGGCAUGCACCGCCAAUGGCAAAAGUGGAAGUUGUAUUGCUACGUCAUCCUGUGCUGGUACGUCUGUAGCUGGACUUUGUCCCGGUGCCGCUAAUAUUCAAUGUUGUGUUGCUGCUGGCGGUACAUCAGGUUCUUCUAGUGGACUUUGUGGAAGUUACGUUGGUGCUGCUGUUAGCUCAAUUAAAGGCAAUAAUAAUGUGAUGUAUUCCGUAGUAAAAAUAAGACAAGAACAUCUGACUAAUCCAGGCAUAUAUUCAUCGGCACCAACAGCAGCAGAUAAUACCAUGACAACAUCAACAGCUUGUGCUUUCGAUAAGAUGGCNAUGUUGUGUUGCUGCUGGCGCUCAAUUAAAGGCAAUAAUAAUGUGAUGUAUUCCGUAGUAAAAAUAAGACAAGAACAUCUGACUAAUCCAGGCAUAUAUUCAUCGGCACCAACAGCAGCAGAUAAUACCAUGACAACAUCAACAGCUUGUGCUUUCGAUAAGAUGGCGUCAGCUGCUAAACAAGCGGGUGCUAGAGUUACUGUUACGUCUGGUUUCCGAACAGUUGCUCGUCAAGAAUACUUCUGGAAUUGUUAUCAAACAAAGGCAUGCAAUAAUGGUAAUCUAGCUGCAAGACCAGGUACCUCAAAACAUGGCCGUGGUGUUGCUCUCGACUUGAACACUAACUGUGGUUCCCAAACGGGUGCUAAACCAAACUGCGGUGGAAGUAGUGUUUAUCAAUGGUUGAAAAAUAAUGGACACAAGUAUGGAUUUAAACGUACUGUUCAAUCAGAACCAUGGCAUUGGGAAUAUGUUGGUGCCAGUGCUACUCCUUCGAGUUUUACAUAG